AUGACUCGUAAGGAAGAUAAAUGAAGAUAGAAGGAAUUGAUGGGGGAAUGCAGGUGGAAAUCAGCGCGACUUGGCCCGCGAGAAGAACUUGAAGAAACUCCAGGAGCAGAAGAAACGCGCCGGAGCCAACGCCAAGGACGGCAAUGCUGUCCGUUAUUUUCUUUUUUUGAAAUGACCCAUUUCUCAAUAUUAUCUUGAAUAAUCGAAUAGAAAGCUCCCUGAUGACUUUUGAGGGUCUUUUGAUAAAAUUUUUAGCGAAAAUCGAUAAUUUUUCAUGGCUUUUUUAAAAGUUAUUUCGAAAUUGAAGCUUCAGGUGAAAUUAUAGAAGAAUUGGGUCACACAACGAGAUAACGAUUUUUCACGCCUAAUUUUUUUGAAUUUAUUUUUUUAUUUUUUUAUGACCAAGAUUUUUAAGAGUAAAAAGUACUGUAUUUCGUUGUAAGACCCAAUUUUUUUGUACCAACUUGUUUUUUCCAAUUCAAAGUUCUUCAUAACAUUUUUCGGGUCUUUUUCAAAAAAAAUUAGCCCAUAUUUGAUAAAAUUAGAACAAGGAGCUCAUGAAGAACUUUCUAUUACUUAUUUUGAAACAAGAAAAAGUUUCAACUAUAUUUUUUUAUCGCUAUUCAGAAAGUUUUUUUGACCAAAAAUAACAGAUUCUCUAUUUUUUUACCAUUUUCAAAAAGCUUCUCUCUAAGUUUUUUUAAACGAAACCACUUCCAAAAAAACGAGAAAAAAAGGUCAAAAAUUCACUUUUUCCUGUUUCAAUUUUUGAUUUUUUUGAUAUCAUCAUAGUUUACAAUGAUUUUUUUGAAUUUAGGCUUCCUAAAAUGUUCGCAAAAUGAAGAUUUUUCCAGGGUUUGAGCACGGAUUCGCGUAUGAACCGUGACGCGGAGAUCAUGCGGAUCAAACAGGAAAAAGCGGCGGCGAAAAAAGCCGCCGAAGACGCCGCCAAGGUAUCAUUCCUGUUUCUCCUUCAUUUUAUUAAUAGUCCAGUUAAAAUCUAGGAGUUUUAGCAUACACAGUAAAACAAAUAUGUUGAAAAUUCUAUGAAAAAAACGAGAUUUUUUUGUUGAAUUUAUAUUGAUUUUUCAAAAAAAGUCCAUUUGUUUAGGAAAUUUUUUUCUUUGUCUGAUUUUUUUAAAUUUUUGGUUUCUUCCAGCUCCAUUUGAGUUAUUUUGGUCCUCUUUAUUUUUAUUCAAAGGUUAUAAAUUAGUUUUUUAAAUGAAUUUUUUUACGAUUUCGGAAGGUUUAAAUGAAAUUUUUCAGGUUUUUUUGAGUUUAGAGUUUUGUUUUUUUAUUUGAUGAUAGGUCAAGAUAAAAACCUGAAAUUUUUAUUUUUCGGCUUUUAAAAUAGGUCAAAACUAUCAUAUAUUUAUUUUUGAUUUUUUUCGUCAUGGCUUAAUAAAGGAAAAUGAAGUUUUGAGGACAAAAUUGUGAGAAUUCACAAAAAAAUUCCAAAAUUCGGAGGUUUUUUUCUGAGAUUUCAGGAGUUCUUGGUUGAAAAUGGCCUUUUAUCUCAAAAAGCGAAUUUUUUUCUUUAUUCUCGCCGAAAUCCCUCCCUUUUUUUCAUUUUUUUAAAAAUCUUUUACUCAAAUUUUUUAAAAACACAUUUUUUUAUCUUGAUACAAAAAUAAUAAUCUUUUUCGUUUUUUUUCCAGGGCUCGGAUAGCGGAAAAGUGGCCAAAGUCGACCCCCUGAAGAUGUGAUUCCUGUUUCAGAAUUAGUAUGAAAUUAACUCGUAUCGAGUAGGUUUUCCAUCUUUUUUCCUUCAAAAGAAAAAUCAAUAAAUUAGGGGCGUGUCCCGAAAUUACGCGUUUGAAAGUAGUCACGGUUCGGGUAAUUGCACGUUUCCAAGAGAACUUAUAAUUUCCUUCCCACGCGCCUUUUUUUUUGCAAAACUUUUUCUUUCCUUGAGCUUUUGAGCGUCUAUGAGAGCUUCGAGAAGCUUAUCCGAGCUUUUUUCGAAAAGAAAAUUCCUUUUUUGCUCCCGGUUUAAUCGAUUUCUUUUUUCAAAACUCCGAAAAUGAAGGUUCUAUUGAGAUUUUCCUAUAUGUUCUUCAAAAUUCAAGCUUUCUUCUUUUUUUUUGAGUAGUACGAAGUUCAAUCCAAUCUCAAAUAUUACGCAAAAAAAAAUUGAAAAAAGGUUUUUUUUUUUGAAAAAAAUUGAGACCGGGUUAUGUUCCUUUAAAGGCGCAUAGCCUAAUUUCAUUAACUGGCCUCAUUGUUUUUUUUUUUGAUUCGGUGUAGUCAAAGCUCUCAUAAUCUCAGGGGAAUAGUUUUUUUCUUCAUAGCCUAUGCUCCUUUAAAGGCGCAGAGCUUGUAUUCUCUCUAUUUUCGUGUACGAAAAAUGCUGAGAAAUCACGGUGCUUACAAAUGAAAAUGACAAAUCAAUUAACAUGGUCAUUAGAAGCUUGAUUUAUGGAUUGCAGCCAAAAUGUAUUCUCUUGAAUUUCAGGCCGUGCUCCUUUAAAGGCGCAGAGGUUGGAUUUUUCGUAAAACCCUUUUAGAAAAAGUUAAAAAUCUUAGUGAUUAUAAAGUCAUGGUAAGAAAGUGAUUAUCAUGUCCUUUAAAGCCGAAAAGUUUGAAAACUGGCCAAAAUUUAUUUUUAAGCUUUUUUGGUUAAAGGCGCAGACGUCGGAUUUUUAGCAUAUGCUUAUUUAAAAAAUACUCAAAAGCCUCAUUUUUCACAAAAUGAAGUUGAAGAAUUAACUGUCAAGCUCAUUCAGAGCCAAAAAGUUUUAAAACGGUGUAAAUUUUUUUGAAGCCAUGCUACUCUGAUUAAAGGCGCAGAGGUCAUAUUUUUGGCGUCAUCAUGUACAGAAAUUCGAAAAAUCAGUAGUCACCAAAUAAAAAUUUCAUUCAAGGCCUGCUCUUCUUAUUAAAGGCGCAAAGGCCUGCGAAUUCCCACAGCGAUUUCUAUUUAAGGAAACGUCUGAAUAGGCGGGAACCAAAUAGACUAUAUAGAAUUACUCGAACCGAUAUCUCGAGCCAACAAAUGGGCAAUUCGUGUUGACAAGUAUCAUGUGUCCACAUAAUUAAAUUCUUCUUUCUUUUUCUUCUUUUUUCCCCCGACCCCACUUCCUAGUGCUUUCUUCUCGAUUUCAUUCUUUUUCUUCUUUUUUUCUUUCCCUUAUUCUUUUUUUUUACAGAUUCCCAAGGCGUUUCUCCGUCACGCGAUCCGUCUCACGCCUCAUUUCCACUUCAAAUCAUUCUUUUAUUUCCCUUCCAUAAAUUAUUUUCUAACGAUUUUUUGGUAUUCCGAUGCAUUUUCUUUUUGUCCAUAUGGUCCUUUUUCCCUCCCCGCCAAACACAAGUGUUUUUUCUUAUUUUUAUGGGUUGAAGAGUAAAUAUUUUUCAAUUUUUAUCGAUUUUUUUGCGAGACUUUGUAAUUUUCAAUGAUUUUCGAUACCUUUUGAGUGUUGUAUGGUGGAUUUUCAUUUGUAGAGGUUUGGUUUUGUCGUUUUUUUGAACUUGUAUUUUUUUUUGAGCUUAAAGAACUUUAUAGAAAAAAAAAUUUGAGGCUUUUCGGAUUUUUUAUUAAAGUUUCAAGACCCAUUUUUAACGGUUUUUCUUUUUUUGGUAUAAUUUUUGAUUUUUUUAGUAGUUUUUGAAAAAAAUCUUUCCUUAUCAGAACUUCAAGCGUUUUCUUCGAAGUUUUUCAAGAAAAAAACUAAAUUUUCUGGAAUUUCAUAAUUUUUUUCACUUGCCUUAAAAUGGUGAGGAUUCUUGACGAUUUUUUUCAAAAAAAUAAUAUUGUGUUUUUUUAUUGAAUUAACACAAGCAAGCGAUAUAUGAACUUGAAUUUUUGUUUGAAAAAUUAAAAAAAAAUUUUUCUGACUUUUUGAUAAGCAUUUCGAAGAUUUUUAAAAAAACUUGGAUUUUUUUAAACUUUAGCUCAAAAAUUCUCAGGAAAAAUUAAAUUAAAAAGUAUAUUAUUUGAUUGAAAUUAGUUUUUCGACAGCUUUUUUUCCAACCAAAAUAGUGGAUAUAGAUUUUUUUAUAGACGCUAGAACACGGGCAAAGUCCAAAAGGUCUCAAAAGGAACUUUUUUUCUAGACCUUUUUCUGAAAAGGACCUUUUAAAGAGUUCUAAAAAAAUAAGGCGGAAAAAAGGAGAUUCCGAGAAACGUUUGACACCUUUUUGGGAACUCAAAAAGGAGCCUAGACUCUUCUUUUAGGCUUUUUUAAGGUCGUUUGGACUUUGUCUGUGAAAUAUUUUUUCACUUUGAAAAAAAGGAAGGUAAUUUCACUCUAAGAAUCGUAUUUUUCUAAAAGUUGGCCAGAACACUCAUUGAUGUACCAGAUGAAGAUUCUGAAAAUACCAUUUUUCAAAACUUCCUAAUUUUUGAAAAAAGUGGCCUAUUUUUAUCGAUUUUGUCAGUUUUAUUCAAUUUUGAGGAGUCCUCUCUCGAAAACUAGCAAUUUGUGCAGGUUGGAACUUUCAGAAUCUUCUUCUGGUACAGCAAGGAGUGUCCUGGCCAAAUUUCAGGAAAUUCCCCUUGUGAGGUCCUGCGUGUCAAAAUCACUUUUCACAUGUUCCAACUUCCGUUCUUAUCGAAUAGGUUUCCCACCGAAGUUAUCAAUCACUCCCAGGUGUUCACCAAAGACGCGAAACUCGUGAUUUCUCCCCCGUUCGAUCAUUUUUUGGCCCGAUACAAUCUGUUGAAUCGAAAGUUUACACUGUAAACUUGCACUAGGUGCAACUUUUCCCAAAUUUCUCUUUUUUUCUUGUUAUAGUCCAUUCGUCCUGGUUUUUAAUUUCAUUAUCGAAGUAACUCGUUGCGGUCGCGACGCGGUUUUUGGCGCGAAAUUUAAAUUUUGAGUUGAAAGUUUGCAAAAAAGCGGUUCUAUUACUUCAUAGUAGUAAGAUUAGUGGCCACUUAAGUGGCUGAAAUUUAGUGGUCCCUUAAGUAGUAGAACUACUGGAUCAUUAAAUGUUCAAAGAUCCCUUUAGGGAUCAUAAAAACUAGUUCAAUUAAUCAUUUUUUGGACUUAUCAAAAUCAAUGGCCAUGAAAAGUAAUCUAAAAAGAUUUUUCGAGUUUUAAAUCGGUUUUCCCGCCAACAACCGUGCCGCGACCGCAACACUCAGGAAAGGUGGAAAAGGCUCCUUUUUGCGGCCUUUUCGCGCCAAUUUCUCAGCCCUUUUGCACCAUUUUUGCUGCCUCUGAACUUUCCAUUAAUUUUUGAGCCUUUAAAAUCUCAGAAAUAGGAAAGGCUCCAUUAAGGGACCUUUUUGCUGCCUUUUAGCGGCCCUUUUGUGGCCUUUUUGCUCCCUUUUUGCGGCCUUUUUGUGGCCUUUUUGCGUCCUUUUUGUGGCCUUUUUGCUUCUUUUUUGUGGCAUUUUUGCUGCCUUUUUUGAGCCUCUCAGCGGCCAUUUUCCACCGUUCCUAGUUUUCCCGAGAGACAAGUUUUAACGUAGAUUAUUUUACGGUAUACCAGUAAUUUAUAUGAAGGAAGCAUAAAUAUUGCAUUUUUUGGAAAAAGGCUGACGAACCCUUCCAUUUCAUUUUCCUGCAAAAUGACCGCGAGAUUCGUUGGAAUUUCUUUAAUUCUCUUUUUCAUGAUCCGCCUUUUUCGAUUUAAUGAAUCCUUAACAUCAAAAACAUUUCGCGACGUUUAGGAAUGUCGUCGCCGGAAUCGUUGGCGACGCAACUCGCCGAGUUCCGCGACAAAUUCGCCGAGUUGCAUCCGGAAAGCUCGGAAGAAGACGAGUGCUGUGCCGUCCGUCAGCGGGCUGUCCAGUUCAUCAGGGUGAGUCCCGGUUUUUUUUCUUCGAAAACGAGUUUUCUAAAUGAUCAUUUAUAAUAGUGAACUCUUAUUUCGGGAAAAUCGUGGAGAGGUGUUGGUGGUGUUUGGAAGGUUAUUGGAAGGUAAAUAAAAGUAAAAAAGUAAAUGAGGUAGUUGGAAGGUAAAAAAUGAAAUAUUCCGGCCAUUCUGCCAGUUUUUCAGUAGGUUUUCAAGAAGCUGUGUAUAGUCAAUUUGUUCCGAAUUGAAAGGCGAGAUGUGUAGAGAGGAAAGGGCAAAGCGUUGCGUAAGUGACUUUUUUGCGGCUUUUUUCAAUCAAAUCAUUUAUUUUGUUGUUUUAGUCUGAUGUAAUCAACUAGGCGGUGAACAAGAACUUUGAAAGCUAUAACGAACAACCGCCAUUGGCGAACUACAAGUCCAAACGUGUAGUCGAAAGAGUUGAAAGAAUGGUCUGACGGUCCUUCGCCUCGUCCUUCUGCGCGUAGUCCAUCCAGUUGCGCCUUGACGAGCUCAGAAUGUAGUGGAUGGUGUAGCUGGAGCCCGGAGGCCGUGCUUUAGGUGGAAGCCUCAGAAUGAGAGCGACCACUUCGAGUGAAGAUUUUACACGGAGUUUUCUCUCUUUUGCGGCCUUUUUUUAGUGAAUUCAUUUAAAAACGAUAGUUGAAUUGAAAAGAAUAUUCACGUUGCAUUAGAGACAUUUGUGGUUGGUUUUUUCGUUGCUGGUAGAAAUACACUGAGUUGAAUCGGUAACCUGACAGUCAGAGGAAGAUCAUUCUCGCAGUGAAAAGAAAAUAAAGUCGAUAAAUUUUUUGUCUCUACUUGAAACGGCGAUGUCUGUGCAAAGUUUUUUUUUCCAAUUCAAAGUUUUUGGCAUUUUUUGAUUUUUCUCAACAUUCUUGUUGAAGAAACCAAGAAGGUCUUCUGACAUCUGAUCGAAAAAAAUGAAGAUGAUAUUCCAAAACAUUGCGACCGCUUUGCACAUGAUUUUCACGCGUUUUGCCGUUGCAAGUCAAAAAAUAUAGUUUUUUCGUCGUUCCGAAAACUUUUGAGCCAUUUUCUCCCGGACCAAGAUGAUUUUACAGGCCGAAAUCCCGGCAAUCGACGAACACGCGGUCCCCGUGACGAAAGCCGCCUAUUUCCUGGCCUGUGGCCGGCUUCUCAACGUCAGCCAUUGUUUCGACCCCGUCGCCGAGGUUCUUCUCAGCUCCGCCGUCAAAUUAGGCGAGUUUCCCGAGGAUCAUAUCAUUGAUAAUUUGAAUAAGAAGACUUAAAAUUUGAAAAAUUCUUGCAAGAAAAUUUCAGAAACUUUUUUAUGUAACCUUUUUUGCACUAACGAUCGUUUCAAAGGCCUGAAAAAUUAAUUAAAAAAAUUUCUGUUUAUCAAAAAUAAAAUAUUUUUCGUUUUUUUAGAUUCUUUCACUGUUUCAACGUAUUUUUUUAAAAUUCUAAAAAAAUCCACUAGUGAUUCAAUUGGCCUUGUUUCUUGUCAACUACGAUAAUUAAUACGCUGAUUAUUUGGAAAGUUAGGCCGUGUUUUUUAUUUGUGAAAUACGGCCUUUACGAUAAUCAGGCCAUUCGUUUUUUGAUUUUCUCAACUACUAAAAAUGAUAGAUUAAAGAAACGGGAGCGAAAAAAAUAAAAAGUUAAAGUGAAGGUCGAACUUCACAAAUGGAAAACAUGGCCUAACUUUCGUAAUGACCGUAUUUCACAAAUAACAAAAAUGGCCUAACUUCCGUAAUUUCCGUAUUUUAUAAAUUAAAAAAGACGGCCUAACUUUCGUGAAUGCCGUAUCUCACAAAUGGUACAGACGGCCUAACUUUCGUAAUUGCCUUGCUUCUAGACCCAUUGUUACACGACGCCUGGUUCGAGCUCGGCCAAUGUCUGACCAAAAAACCCGAUAUCGAAUUCGCUGUUUCCUGUUUCGAGGUCGAUUUAUUAUCAUUUUCCUUGUGAUUUUCAAUCAAUUUGCAGGAGAGCAUACGGUUACAAAAAUCGGGAAAUGUGAUGUCGGCGAUGGCCGUCGCCCUGAGGUCCCAGGCGAGUCGCUGCGAAUCGGACGCCGAGAAAACCGCCCUCAGGUUCUUUUUUUAUUGAUAUUCAUAGUAGGAUCUAAGAUUAAAAGUGUUUUUGAUCUUAGAAACCGACGCUCCUAUUUUUCGAAUUUUUGAGAAGAUCCAUCAAUUUCCAGAACAAAAGCCCUGACGUUGGCCCGAGAAGCCGUCGUGAUAAAUCCGACCUCUGGAAACGGAUACCUCGCCUUGGCCACCGGAUGCUUCGUCGAAUUUUUCUCCUCUUCCCAGACGAAAUUCCCGUUUCUGGUUCGUUUUAUGUUUAAUAUUUCGAUGAAAAGUUGAUCAAAAAUUUAAAGGCGCAUCCCAUAAAGGUCUCAUGACGAAAUACCGGUUUUAGUUUUUCUUACUGAAAAAAGGUCAGAAUGAGGUUUUCUCACACACACAAGAGGUUCUCACCUACCAUAUAGGGGCUAAGCUUGCAAAAGUAUCCACUUUAGGGUUUUUAGGUAGUGACCCCUAUAGAGGCAUUAAAAAUGAAAUUUUUCUGACGGAAAAUUUUUUUGCACUGAUUGCUAUCUUCCCAGGAACAAUUGAAGAUGAGUUUUUUCCCGAUUUUCCAUUCAAUAUCCCGUUUUCAGGACGAAUCCAUCAAGUAUUACGGGAAAGCUCUGCAAUGUCCCGACCAGACGAGAAAUCCCGAACUUCAUCUCAAUUUCGCGACCGCUUUGAGGUGAUUUUAUUGGAAAUAGGCAAUGAAAUUUCGUUCCUUAAACAUUAUCAUAUCAAGAUAAUAGAGAAAAAAUAAUUGAGGCAAGCAAUUUCGAAUGGAAAUUUUCAACUUUGAGGGGAAUGUAGAUUUUUGCAAAUUUACAAUGAUCUUGAGGUGAAUUUUUAGGAUUGUAGCCUUUUUGACCGUUUCUUGGAGUAAAUUUUAAAAAAACGGUUUUUUUUAAGAUACCGAGAAGACUUCGGAUCGGCCUUACAACACCUGAAAGAAGCCGUGAAGUUAGAUCCGCGAGAUUCCUUGAACUCCCGCCAAAGAUUGACGGCCCUCGUCAAUUAUCUGGAAAAGUUCUCCGAUGCCGUCGAGAAAAAAGGUUUUUGUCUAAAAUCUUUGGAAAAAAUUUAUUUUGAUGUUUCAGGCCGCCUGAAGAUGAAAAGACUUCAAACCCUGGUGGCGGCCUUGCAAGCCUCCACCUGCGCUUUCAUCCAAUCUUCCGAGGCGAAGAACUCCCUCGCCGUCGCCACGAAGUCUAUCGACGACCUUCAAAUCGGCCCCAAUCUCAACACCAUCAUACAUGCCAAGAUAGUCGCCACCAUCCCCCACGAUGACAUCGUUCCUUUGUGAGUAGUUCUCGGCUAACUCGGGGCUCCAAAAUGGUCCCUCUAGGGGCAACCUGAAGAGCCCUGGAAGGUUUUCUUUUGUAGACCACUUUGCUUCUCCCUAUAGGGGCGUUAAAGCUAGGAAAAAGGGACCACUCUAGGGUCUUCUUGGCUAAGAGGCAAAGUGACGUUUUUCACUUAAAGACCACUUUAGGGUUUUUAGUUAUUGGCCCCUAUAGGGCAAAUUCUAGUCGAUUAUUAUUUGAGAAACUUGAUAAAUUAGCGUCUUUGAGUGAAUCGUGUGAACAGAAGAUGAACUGAUCAAAAUUGCUUUUUAAAUUGCAAAUCUGAAUGAAAAAGAGAAAGACCCGAUAGGGACCACUUGAGCUUUUGGGGACUCACGGGUCAGACUUUAAGCCCCUAUAGGGACCACCUAAAUGGGAACUUUUUUCUCCUAACCCCUGAAGGGACCACUCUGGCGUCCCUGAGAAGACCAUAGGGUUCCUUGGCUAACUGGGAAAAUCUUUAGUGGCCACUAUAGUGGCUCGCCAAGGACUACUUGGAGAAGACACUAAAGUGGCCACUAAACCCACCUCUAUAGUGGCCACUAUUUUCCGUUUUAGUGGCCACUAUAGAGGUUUUCUAUUUAAUAGCCACUUCAGUAGUUUUUCAUUCAGUAUUCCUUCCAGUAACUCUGAUAAUUUUAAAACGAACAGAUUGGACCAGUUAUGUUGAUCCAUUGGCCCCUAAAGUGGCCACAAAAAUUUUCAGUGGUCUAGUAGUAGCACUUAGACCUCUAUAGUGGCCACUAACACUUCCUAGGAGGUCCAAGGGGUUUCUGGUUCAGAUCAGAGAUAACAGGACUUAAAUUCUGAAAGAUGUUUAUAAAAUCUCUGAAAACAAUGGUUUGUCCAAAGAAAUUCUCGAAAUCUCAGUUCUAUCCGUGUUAUAUGAAUCUCAGAACCUUCGUGGUUUGCGACGUGAACGAACGAUGUUGCGCGGUGACGGUCUACAACUGCGCUCCGAACUUCGGAUUCGUCAUCGGCGACACGAUCGACAUCGCAGAACCUUUCCUGAAGGAGGCUGAGGUGAUUUUUUUGGUGAAAAUGGUUCACAAAUGGAUUUUCAGUCAAAUUUAGUUACUUUGGUCUGAAAUUUAUGAAAAAGGGGGAAAAGUCAAUAAAAAUUGGAUGAAAAAAAAUUAUUUCGAGUUUUGAGGCUUUAAAAUUUUAUUCCCCACUAGCUUGAGACAACGGGUCUUGACGCGAUUGACGAAAUAGUGUGGGGAAUUGAGAGAUUUGGACGUUUUUUUGAGUUUCCGUAUCGCAAGAUAAAUACGAAAUCGUAACCUUUUUAUUUUUUUUUCGGCCCUCAGACAUUGAUUUUUAGCAAUAACUAGGGCUCCCAAAAAGUGAUAUUUUCAAAUUAGCGCCAAAAGCGCGGCGCCUCAAGUCGCGAAACAUGAGUGAAAUUGAAGAACAUCGAGCUGAGCACAUCUUGCGACGCGACGACAUCGCCGACGCGAGCGAUACCGCUCCUGCGAUGGAUUCGCGUCCGGUCGCCGCGACUUCUGUGUCGCAACGGCCAACCCACCGCGAGUGCCGUCGUCGCCCCCACGCAACUGACCAUCGAGUCGUAA